AUGGACGACUCUGCCAGCGAGUCGGGCAAGAUAACCCCUCAAGUCUUGCCCCGAGCCAUCUCACGAUCCCCUAACCGGCUGUCGUUUCAGGACCUGCCUUACGAACUCCUCAGACAUAUAGUCUCGGAAGUCCCGGCAGAGAGCAGGCUCGGCCUUGUCUCCACAUGUAAACGUAUCGGAUUCAUCGCUGGCGAAUUGUUGUGGGAUGGCCGUCUGAUAGCUCGGCGGGGCGAAGGCCAUCCAGGGUAUGGCCCCGAGAAACUGUUCGAGGGCUUGCAGAACACAAAGCCGACCAAAGAGAAACCUUUUGGCAGAGAUCUCAAGUUGAGGUUUCUCAAAAGAGUAACCUUUAUCAACCUCGAGAAUCCCAGCACAAACUCGGACGGAUUUUUGACGUUUACGAGUGUAUUCGAAGAAUUAAGUGCCUCUGGGAUUGAACCCUUCCCCAGCUUGAAAUACUUGGAGACGUCAACAGCUCCAGCCGAACUCCGUCCUAUCGUUCGGAAUUUCGACUUGGCUCUCGCUUCAGUUUGCCGGCCGGAAGAAAUGGUGAUGAAGAGUGGCUAUUCUCUGCCCGAUAUCAAGAUUGAUGCCUAUCCCCAGCGCCUACUCGAAUUUGCCGGUGGGCAUAAACCUGCCAAGGUCAUGCAUGCCCCCGAAGGCAGCUCGAACGUGAUUCCAAUUGUCGCUUAUGGCACUCGAAACGUACUCAAGCCUUCGGCCAUGUUUACCACCAACGUCCAGAGCUCCAUCAGCUAUAUAGUUAUGGUGGUGCGAUUCAUGCACCCCGAACUGCAGCACUGGAGAUGGCAACUCUCGACCGAAGAGUGUGCAAAGAGGGACAAGACGGUGUGGUGUUUUACGUGGGAGUCUGCGAGAUCGGGGGGUCUGCCUUGGUCUUAUAAUGACGCAAGUAAGGUAGAAGCUGCGGUGUUGAAAGCACAUCCUGGCAUGGCGGGUCGUAUGGAGUUUCUGCCAAAACGACCAUCUGGUGGCUGGGCAGACUUAAUCAAUAGCGGCAAAGUUUAG